AAAAUCGUUGUCAACGACGACCCGGAGAAGUUCUUUCUGGUCGGCUCGGAAUUGCCCUCUCAUGAAAAGGAGGAAAUGGUCGGAUUUCUUAGAGAAAAUGUCGACGUGUUCGCAUGGGAAGCUUACGAUGCCCCGGGCGUCGAUCCCAGCCUUAUUUGUCACCACCUGAACGUCAACCCCUCUUCCACUCCGAAGAAGCAGCCACCCCGACGCCCUUCAAAGGAGCAUGCUAGUGCCGUAAAAGACGAAGUGGCAAAGCUAAAAAGAGCGGGGGCUAUCAAAGAGGUCUUUUACCCAGAGUGGCUGGCAAACACGGUGGUGGUAAAGAAGAAGACAGGGAAAUGGAGGGUCUGCGUAGACUUCACGGACCUGAACAAGGCAUGCCCAAAGGACCCAUUCCCCCUACCACGAAUUGAUCGAUUGGUGGAUGCAACCGUGGGGCACCCUCGAAUGAGCUUCCUGGACGCCUUCCAAGGCUAUCAUCAGAUACCACUUGCGCUAGAGGACCAAGAGAAAACGGCUUUCAUGACGCCCAUCGGAAACUAUCAUUACAAGGUGAUGCCGUUUGGGCUAAAGAACGCAGGCUCAACCUACCAAAGAAUGAUGACUCGGAUGUUUGAACCACAACUGGGCAAGAUCAUUGAGGUGUAUAUAGAUGACAUGGUCGUCAAGAGUAGAAGGGCGUCCGAGCACGUGAAGGACCUCGGAACAAUCUUCACCAUAUUAAGGGAGCACCGGUUGCGGCUGAAUGCCUCCAAAUGUUCAUUCGGGGUCGGGUCUGGGAAAUUCCUAGGGUAUAUGGUCACCCACAGGGGAAUAGAAGUAAGUCCCGAUCAAAUCAAAGCCAUUAACAGCCUACAGGCUCCUCGGAACCCGAAGGAAGUACAGAAGCUCACUGGUAUGAUUGCGGCAUUGAACCGGUUCAUAUCGAGAUCGGCGGAUCGAUGUCGGCCUUUCUACCUCCUGAUAAACAAGUGGAAAGAGUUUGCAUGGUCGGAGGAUUGCGUUCAGGCUUUCCAGCAACUUAAAGACUACCUGUCCCGACCACCCAUCAUGUCCAGCCCUGAGGCGGAUGAGGUGCUGUUUGCCUACAUCGCCGUAGCUCCCCACGCUGUAAGCCUGGUACUGAUACGGGAUGAUAAUGGGGUGCAGCGACCGGUGUACUAUGUGAGCAAAUCACUACAUGAGGCCGAGGUGCGAUACCUACCUUUAGAAAAGGCAAUUCUGGCAAUAGUGCAUGCAACCCGAAAACUUCCUCAUUACUUUCAGGCGCACACGGUCAUCGUUCUGACUCAGCUUCCCCUCCGAGCAGUGCUUCGAAGCGCUGACUAUACAGGAAGGAUCGCCAUGUGGAGUGCGCUCUUGGGAGCCUUUGAUAUAAAAUAUAUGCCCAGAUCCUCCAUCAAAGGGCAGGUCCUCGCAGACUUGGUAGCGGAGUUUGCUGAGCCCUCCAUAGAAACAAUAACCGAGAAGAGGGACAUGGAUGGGAAGUCGGUUGGUGCGAUCUCAACAGGGAGGAACACGCAUUGGAAGGUCUACGUAGAUGGCGCAGCCAACCAGAGAGGGUCAGGAGUUGGGAUAGUUUUAAUAUCCCCGGACGGUGCUGCCAUUGAAAAAUCAUUAAGGCUCGGAUUCUCGGCUACGAACAAUGAAGCCGAAUACGAAGCCUUACUUCAAGGGAUGACGAUGGUUCAAAGGAUGGGCGGAAAAAUGAUAGAAGCGUUCUCGGACUCCAGACUGGUAGUCAGACAGGUGAUGGGUGAGCUGGAAGCCCGAGAUACUAGGAUGCAAGAGUAUCUGGGACAAGUUAAGCGGCUGCAGAUGAAUUUUGAGUCCUUCAAUCUGACACACAUUUCCAGGAGUGGCAACACCCAUGCGGACUCGCUGGCCACUCUCGCCACGUCCUCGGCACAUAAUCUGCCGCGAGUGAUCCUGGUUGAAGAUCUAGCCCGGGCAAGUCCCAUCAGUAGAGGCCCUGCCAGAGUCCACCAGAUCAGAAAGAGUCACAGCUGGAUGGAUCCCAUAAAGAACUUCCUGCAAAACGACGUCUUGCCGGAAGAAAAGUUGGAAGCCGAGAAGAUACGAAGGAAUGCUCCUCGGUUUUGGCUGUCAGAGGACCACAAACUAUAUCGGCGUUCCUAUUCUGGACCGUACCUACUCUGCGUACACCCAGAAGAAUCCGAAUCACUGCUUGAGGAGUUACACGAGGGGAUUUGUGGAAGUCAUACCGGGGGGAGAUCGCUGGCACACAGGGCACUUACCCAGGGGUACUGGUGGCCGAACAUGCAGAGAGAGGCCCAAGAAUACGCUAAGAAAUGCGAUCAGUGCCAAAGAUUCGCCCCGAAUAUCCACCAACCCGGAGGAGUUCUCAACCCCCUCUCGAGUCCAUGGCCGUUCGCACAAUGGGGCCUUGAUCUAGUUGGACCCUUCCCCAAGGCCGCAGGGAACAAGCGAUACAUAAUAGUCGGAACGGACUACUUCACUAAAUGGGUGGAGUCUGAACCAUUGGCCAACAUUAGGGACGUGGACGCCCAGAAAUUCAUCUGGAAGAACAUCAUCACCCGCUUCGGGACCCCUCGAACACUCAUUUCCGACAAUGGUCUGCAGUUCGACAGUAAAAACUUUAGGGAGUAUUGCCGCGAGUUUGGAAUCACCAACCGAUAUUCCACCCCCGCCUACCCUCAGGGAAAUGGGCAGGUCGAAGCCGUGAACAAGGUCAUAGUGAACGGACUGAAAAAGAUGUUGGACGAGGCGAAGGGGAGAUGGGUAGAAGAGCUCCCCCAUGUCCUAUGGACUUACCGGACGACACCGCGACGAUCGACCGGUGAGACCCCCUUCUCGAUGACUUACGGGGCUGAGGCCGUGCUCCCGAUUGAGAACAACUUUCCCACGCUGAGGUCUAGAUCGUUUACCCCAAGCGAUAACGACGAGUUAUUGGAACGGAGUCUGGACUUAGCCGAAGAAAGAAGGGAAAAAGCGAUGAUUCAUGUGGCCUAUUAUCACCAGAAGCUGAGACAAGGGUAUGAUGCUAACGUCAAACCACGGCCUCUGGGGCCAGGUGAUCUCGUAAUGAGGAAGAUUCUUGGCAGCGCAAAGAACCCCUCUUGGGGCAAGUUGGGGCCCAAUUGGGAAGGACCAUACCGUGUCACAUCCGUGGCCGGAAUAGGCGCCUACUACCUAGAAGAUUUAGAUGAAAAAGCUGUACCUCGACCAUGGAAUGUAAAUAACCUCAGAAGAUAUUAUUAUUAA